AUGAUGAAGGGGACGGUGGACAGUCCGGUGGCUGCCUUGAUGCAGGAGAGCUUUGGCUGCUCCAUCGCCAACCGCUUCUACCAGCUCCUGGACGACGAGUCCGACCCCUUCGACAUCCUGAGCGAGGUCGAGCGCCGCCGGCACCAGCGCAAGAAGCGCGAAGAGGCGGCUGAGGCAGCCGCCAGGACAGCCGGUUCCAGCGGCAGGACGGGCGGCGGCAAGAGGGAGUCCCAGAAGCAGCGCAAGCAGCCCGGGAAUCCCUCUGAGCCCUGGGGGACGCAGGAAGCCGAUCUCUGCUAUAAGACCAAUAGUCACACUAGUAACAGGCUUAUUGUACUUAAGGGAUACUGCGCUGUGGACCUUAAAGUGAAGAGGCCUAUUCAGGGACCCUCAAAGUCUCAAGUUUUGAUGAAAAAGUUCUUGAACAAGAGCUGGUGGUUAUUGGAUUCAACCAGAAAACUUCUGGGUAGAGUAGAAGAUACCAGCUUAGUGGCUGAGAAUGAGUGCUCACUCAGGAAGGUCCUCAUGCCAGCUCAGUUUGACAUAAAGCUUAUAAUGGAGCUCUUUGAAUCGGAAGGUGUAAUUGACAUUAAUAGCCAGAAGCAAGCACCCAACUGGAGAGAACAGCAAGGAUUCAAUAACAGAAGAGCAGAGGUGAAACAAGCCAAAAAUGAACAGAGACCAUAUUUUGAAAGAUAUCGUUCCAAUGAAACAGAAAGCCAAGUGGAACCCACAGUGGAAAGAAGAAUGAAAAUAGCUGACAAAAAGAGUGGAAGUGGAGCUUACAGCUGGAGAAGAGUUAAAGAUGAUACAAGUGGGAUGGAACAGACUACUCCUGUGGAAGAAACUGCAGAAACAGAUGGGCAGCCAAGGGCAUCUGGAGGAGAGUCUCUGAACAAGGUUCCUGAAGGAGAGACAAUGGAAGAAGUAGUUAAAGAAAUGACAUUGGAUGAGUGGAAAAGGCUUCAGCAACGAAAUCGACUAAAGCCUGAAUUCAACAUUCGGAAGCCAGAAUCCAUUGUUCUGUCCAGAGCAGUGGUGAUUCACAAGUCAAAAUACAGCAAUCAUUUGCAAAAAGAAUAUUAUGAAGAUGAUUCUCAUGUCUUCCGAAGACCAGUGAAUGACAUAACAUCUCAGCUGGAUAUUAAUUUUGGGAGUCUUCCUCGCCCUGGCCGUGGAUCAAGAGGAGCACGAGGUGGUGGUCGUGGCAGACAAGCUGUGGGGAGAAGACUUCAAUCAGCAGUGGAGCUUGUUGCUCCAAAUCCUGAUGAUCCUGAGGAUUUUCCAGCUUUGGCAUGA